GCAAGCGGAGCCGCGCGGCCCAGCGCGCUCCCACCCGGACGCCCGGCGCCCCCACGCGCACGCCUGGGCUCUGCGCGUCCCCCCUGUCGAGGCGUAGCUCGUGCGUUCGCCGCCGGGGACCCCCAGGACCGCAACGCCCGAACCGGGCCACGCCGGCCAAAGGAGACGGCGGCGCAGCCGGAGGAGCAGGAUGUCCUUCCAGGGCAAGAAGAGCAUCCCCCGGAUCACGAGUGACCGCCUUCUGAUCAGAGGCGGGAGGAUCGUGAAUGAUGACCAGUCUUUUUACGCUGACCUGUAUGUGGAGGACGGCUUGAUAAAACAAAUUGGAGAGAACCUCAUUGUCCCCGGGGGCGUGAAGACGAUUGACGCUCACGGCCUCAUGGUCCUGCCAGGAGGAGUGGACGUCCACACAAGGCUGCAGAUGCCUGUCCUGGGCAUGACCCCAGCCGAUGACUUCUGCCAGGGGACCAAGGCCGCCCUGGCAGGAGGGACCACCAUGAUAUUGGACCACGUGUUCCCCGACACGGGUGUGAGCCUGCUGGCGGCCUACGAGCAGUGGCGGGAGAGAGCGGACCGUGAAGCCUGCUGCGACUACUCCCUGCACGUGGACAUCCCCCGCUGGCACGAGAGCACCAGGGAGGAGCUGGAGGCCCUGGUGAAGGACAAGGGUGUGAACUCCUUCCUGGUCUUCAUGGCAUACAAGGACAGGUACCAGUGCACAGACGGCCAGAUGUACGAGAUCUUCAGUGUCAUCCGGGACCUGGGAGCCGUGGCCCAAGUGCACGCAGAGAACGGCGACAUCGUGGACGAGGAGCAGAAGCGGCUGCUGGAACUCGGCAUCACUGGCCCCGAGGGCCACGUGCUCAGCCACCCAGAGGAGGUGGAGGCUGAGGCCGUGUACCGCGCUGUCACCGUUGCCAAGCAGGCCGGCUGUCCCCUGUACAUCACCAAGGUGAUGAGCAAGGCCGCGGCCGACGUGAUUGCCCAAGCCAAGCGUAGAGGGGUGGUCGUGGUCGGGGAGCCCAUCACCGCCGGCCUGGGCACCGACGGCUCCCACUACUGGGCCAAGAACUGGGCCAAGGCCGCAGCCUUCGUCACGUCGCCCCCCCUCAACCCGGACCCCAGCACUGCAGACCACCUCGCCUCCCUGCUGUCCAGCGGGGACCUCCAGGUGACCGGCAGUGCCCACUGCACCUUCACCACUGCCCAGAAGGCCGUCGGCAGGGACAACUUCAUGCUCAUCCCCGAGGGCACCAACGGCGUGGAGGAGCGCAUGUCUGUGGUCUGGGAGAAAUGCGUGGUCUCAGGGAAGAUGGACGAGAAUGAGUUUGUUGCCGUGACCAGUACAAAUGCAGCCAAAAUCUUCAAUUUUUACCCAAGGAAGGGGCGGGUGGCCGUGGGCGCCGACGCCGACCUGGUCAUAUGGAACCCCAAGGCCACGAAAAUCAUCUCUGCCCAGAGCCACCACCUGAACGUGGAGUACAACAUUUUCGAAGGCGUGGAGUGCCGCGGAGCCCCCGUGGUGGUCGUAAGUCAGGGCAGGGUCGUGCUGGAGGACGGGGCCCUGUGCGUCACCCCCGGGGCUGGCCGCUUUAUUCCGCGGAAGACCUUCCCCGACUUCGUCUACAAGAGGAUAAAGGCUCGCAACAGGCUGGCAGAGAUCCAUGGCGUGCCCCGAGGCCUCUACGACGGGCUGGUCCACGAGGUGAUGGUGCCCACCAAGCCAGGGGCCGGGGUACAGGCCCGCGUGUCCUGCCCGGGGAAGAUCUCAGUGCCACCCGUCCGCAACCUGCACCAGUCGGGGUUCAGUCUGUCUGGCUCCCAGGCCGAUGACCACAUCGCCAGGCGCACGGCUCAGAAGAUCAUGGCGCCACCUGGCGGCCGCUCCAACAUCACAUCCCUGUCCUAGGUGCUGCUCGUGCCAGCGGGCGGGCGUGCCUGUAGGCGACAGCCACUCCCCUCUGUUCCCUUCCCUUCGUUGAACCUAUUUUGAAAGGUGCCUGGCCUUACCUUCCCCUCCCCAGAAACUCUUCUCUUGGGGUCCCACGUCCUGUUACGAGGAGCCCCCACAGGAGAGGCUGAAUUUGGGGAGGUUUCACUGCCAGGGCAAGGAGGCUGGACAUGGUGGCGGGGGCAGCUCAGGUGGCCCUGAGCCCGGGUGCCAGGUGCCUCAGGAAGACGGGGGCCUCCUAGGAUGCCCAGGGCAGCCGGGCCAGGACGAAAGGCUGGGGGUGUUUUGCCCUCGUCCCUAUCAGGAACCACUGCCCUGAGGACCCCCAGCUCUGCCAUCCGCGCCCACGGGCAGAGGUGCAGCCCGUCCCUGUGUGCCUUAGCGCAGGCAGGAGCACCCCGGCCCUGCCCAGAGCUGCUGUGACUCCAGGGACCCACCAGGAACACGACGUAGGGCCGCUGCCGGCAGGACUUCCUGCAGGUUGGUCUGUACACUUCUCCAAGGGCCAAACCUCUGCUUUCGUAGAGCCCAUGUCCAGGGAAUUUUAGGAUCCUUUAGCUAAGAUGCUUUCCUUUUACUACUAAGUGUGCAUUGCAGUAGUUUAUUAGAGCAGCAGUUUUGUGUGGUGAGGACACCUGUAGCCAGGAACCUGCCUGCCACCCACAGCCCAGCAGCACUGUGCCCCAGUCCACGUGAAUCAAGUCGAUUAAAGGCAU